UAGAGCAAUGUUUACAGCGAGAAAGUGAAAAAUAUCAAGUGUUUUUAAUUCGUUUAAAAAAAAAUCAAAAAGCGUCCCGUUUUUAUUCGUUUGACUAUUUAAACAUAAAAAGACGGGACAAAUGUCUCCAGCUGGUAAAGGGGAUGCUGUUGAUAUGCCUUCCGUCCAGUCACCAAGUGCUGAAGGAGAUUCCAUCAAGGUCUAUGUGAGAGUGCGACCGCCAGCAAAGAAAACUGAAUUGUUUACUGAUGGAGACCAAGGGCUGUGCUUGGCAGUUACCUCACCAAAUACUAUCUGUCUCAGUUCAAAACCUGAACCCAAGAUUUUUACAUAUGAUCAUGUGGCUGAUAUGGAUACUACUCAGGAAGCCGUAUUUUCAGCCGUGGCUCGGGGCAUCAUUGAGUCCUGCAUGAACGGAUACAAUGGUACCAUUUUUGCCUAUGGACAGACUGGUUCAGGGAAAACGUUCACAAUGUUGGGUCCCUCUGAUGAUUCUGAUAACUUCACUCACAAUUUGAGGGGCGUAAUCCCUCGCAGUUUUGAAUAUCUCUUUUAUUUGGUCAAUCGAGAAAAAGAAAAGGCUGGUGAAGGCAAGAAUUUUCUGUGCAAGUGCUCCUUUAUUGAGAUUUACAAUGAACAAAUAUUUGACCUAUUGGACCCUGCUUCAUCCGGCCUAUUUCUUCGUGAAAACAUAAAAACUGGGGUCUUUGUAGAAGGGGUGGUCGAACAAGUUGUAACUUCAGCAGCUGAGGCCUAUCAGGUGUUAUCCAUGGGAUGGCGGAACCGAAGUGUAGCUUCCACUUCAAUGAAUCGUGAGUCAUCACGGUCUCAUGCUGUCUUCACAGUUAUCAUACAAUCAAAGGAAAGCAUCAACAACCUAGUUAACAUCCGAACGUCGCAGCUGAACCUGGUUGACUUGGCAGGGUCAGAACGACAGAAGGAUACACAUGCUGAAGGGCUUCGGUUAAAGGAGGCAAGCAGUAUAAACCGAUCACUGAGCUGUCUGGGCCAUGUUAUUAUGGGCCUUGUUGAUGUGGCCAAUGGAAAAAACAGACAUAUCUGUUACCGAGAUUCUAAGCUGACAUUCUUGUUGAGGGACUCUCUUGGAGGAAAUGCGAAGACUUACAUUAUUGCAAAUGUUCACCCUGGGUCACGGUGUUUCGGUGAAACACUCUCCACACUUCAGUUUGCUCGUAGAGCUAAGCUAAUCAAAAAUAAAGCCAUAGUAAAUGAAGAUACUCAAGGCAACAUCCACCAGCUACAGGCAGAAAUCAAGAAGCUGAAAGAACAACUUUCUGAGCUAUCUAAAGGACAAAUAUCACAGGGGGAAGAGGCUAAGAGAGAUGCUGUUUCUGUGGAUGAGCAUGAAGUAGAUGAUAGUGAAUGGAAGAAUCGUUUUCUGGAAGCCAUGCUUCUCUGGGAGAACAGUGAAAGUCAAAAUCAGAACCUGAAAGAAAAAAUUGGUCAACUUAAAGAUGUGUGCGCUAAAAAGGAAAAGAUACUUCAAUCAAACAAAAUGAUUGUGAAGUUCAGGGAGACGAGCAUAGCACGACUGGAAAAGUUUCUGAAAGAAUCCCAAGGAAACCUACCUCCUGAUGAAAAGGAUGCAGAGAUCAUUGAGCUGAGGGAAGAAAUUCAAACUUUGAAAAAACAGAUUGAACAAGACCCUCGGGUUGCCAGUUAUGCAAUGGAGAAUCGUGCACUGCGGGAAGAAAACAAACACCUAAACGCCUUGGAGAGUGUGAAACGUGCUAAGGAAAUUACUUUACACAUGGCAGCAGAAUUGGAAAGAGCAUUUUUGGAAGCCUCUAUUUCUGAUAAAAAUACUGGAGGUCAGACCUUGUACCAGUCACCUGUCAAAGUUGAAAACGUCUCUGCAGUAUCACAAGAAAGACUUAAAGCUCGACUUCUGCAAGCACAGAGUGACUUAUCUUCUGUGAAACAGGAAUACGAGGAGUUUCAGGAGCUGACCAAGAAGAGACAAAUGGAGUUGGAAUCAGAGGUCCACACCCUUCAAAAGGCCAACCAUCAUCUAGAAAAUAUUUUGGAAGCAACGAAAGCUCUCACACGUCAGGAGGUCUCCCAGCUAAAUAAGAUGCAUGCUGAGACAAUUAAGAAUAUGACCACUCCAACAAAGUCUUUUUACAAUCUACGAUCUCGACUUAUUCUACGAAUGAGUCCUGAAGGAACUCCUGGUGUCUGUGCGGAGAUGGAGCCUGGGACUCAGGAAGGCGAUAUUAUGAAUGAGCCUUUGCCACCUGAAAUGAAUGAGCAGGCUUACGAAGCAAUUGCUGAAGAGCUUCGAAUGGUACAGGAACAAUUGUCUAAUCUCCAGACUAAGUUGGAUGAAGUGGAGAGCAGAAAUGUAAAACUUCAACAAAAUAUUGACAAACUGGAACAUCAUUCUACUCAAAUGAAUGAGCUCAUCGUAUCUGAACGGAAUGAUAGAAACAAGGACCAACAGGAGCUCAUUAUGAAGAAUAAAUCUUUUGAGAAAGAGUUGCAGGAUUGUCAGAAUAAAAAUGAUAUAUUACAGAGCGAAGUAAAUGACUUGCGUGUGGUGCUGCAUUCAGCUGACAGGGAGCUGACAAAUGUAAAGGGGGAAUACAGCUCCUACAAAAUUAAACAAGAUGCAGAGCACAGUCAACUUUCUGAGCAGUUCAUCAAUGUCCAGUUACAGCUGGAUAAGAUCAGGCUGGAGCAUGAGAAAGCUCUGGAAGAGAAGAGGUCACUCCAAGAUGCUUAUGAUAAUCUACAGGAGGUCGUGGAGUUUAAAGCAUAUGAAACUGAUCAGCUGCGACAAAACCUGGAACAAAUGAAGGAGGAAGGUGAAGCGUUACGGACUGAAAUUAGUUCUUUAAUGGAGCUUUUAGAAACUGAGAAAGAACGAAACAAAAAGCUUACUUCACAACUUCAACAAGAUAUAGAAAACAACUCCAAGGAGCUUUUGAAGGCUUUAGAUGAAAAAGACCUGCUGAAGAAACACUCUUCUGGGCUAUUGUUGAAGUCUGAGCAACAGGCAAUAGAGCUGAAAAAUAUGGAACAGAACCUGGCUGAAGCAAAAAGGACUGUUUCUGAUCUAGAGAAGAAGAAUGCUGCUGAUCAGGAAGUGGUAACAGUCCUGAUGAAUCAAAUACAGGAAAUGAGAAGUUCAUGUAAUCAGAAAACUGAAGCUGUUUCUGUUUUGACCCAAGAAUUGGAGGACAUCAAGUUGAAGUACAGUGCUGCUGUGGCUGCAAAGGAGGAAAACAAGGUCUUUAUUGAAAGAAAAGAGAAAGAAAUCAUGGAGAUGAAAGAGGCUGUGGAGAGAAAGGAGAAUUCUUGUAAUGUGCAGAUGGAGAUGCUUUCUGAAGAUCUGAUCAAUGCCACCCAGCAGCUUGAUCAGCUGACAGAGGACUUUGAAAAACAGGCAGCGAUAUUACAGAUAAUGCAGGAAGAAGCAGAAAAAAAUGCAACCACCAUUAAAGAACUUCUGGAUCAGCUGAAGGCAAAAGAUGUUGAAAUUCAAGCAACAAAAAGUGCAUACGAACAGGAGCUUAGGCAGAUAGAAUCCUUCAGAGACAUUUCUGCUAACAGGCCACAGACUCCAAGGACCCCUUCUACUUACCAAAUGGAUUCUGUUAGAUUCUUUGAAUUACAGCAGGAGAAACUGGAUGAUCGAAGGGCAUCCGAAGCCACCUUAAAAAUGUUGUUGAAUGAGAUGGAGUUAGAAAGGGCAGCCAAGAAUGAACAAAUUCUACAACUAAAGAUGCAGUUAUGUGAAUCAAAAAAUCUGCGAUUAGAAAUGGAUGCUUUGGAGAGGCAUUGUUGGAAUUUGGAGAGCUCCCUAGAAAAAGGACAGAAAAGCAGUGAUAUAACCGAGCAGCAGCAUCUAAAUGAGGCUGAGAAGAAAUUAAAAGAAGAAAUGAAGGCCAAGGAAGCAGCAAUAGAAAAACUGGCUGCUGUGGAAGCUGAAUUAGCAGAGAAAAAAACAACACUGGAAGCUAUUCAGUGUUCCAUUAAAACGUUUCAAGAGGAAGCAGAGCGGACUAGGAAUUUAGAAGCAAAAGCUUUCAUUGACAAGGAAGAGUUUCGGUCAGCGCUCGAAUCUGCUUGUGAAGAGAAAGAGAGACUUACUUGGGAGGUUGAAACUCUUAGGGAACAAGUGGCCAGCCUUACUGAAGAGAAUGGCAAAUUGGUAGGACACCAGAACUUGCAGCAAAAAAUACAACAUUUGGUUAAAGUCAAGAAGGAACAUGUUCGUCUCCAAGAGGAAGUGAACAUGCUGAAAAUGGAGAACAUGAAACUGAAAGAACUUAAGAAGCAUGACUCGAAUAAGUUUCAUUUGUUCGAUACAUCAGACUGUGCGCUGAGGGAGCAAGAUGAAAAUGUGCAGCAAUAAUGUGUAAAUGUAGUUUUUCAAUUUUGAGUUUUAAUAGAUGUAUCAAACUUACUCUGGUCUUUUUUUAACCUGUUGACAGCAAUCUGAUUUGAAGCACUGUAUCAAGUCUUUGAGAAAAGCUGAUAGUGUUGAAAUUGAUUACAUAAUGAUUGCUGCGAUUCUUAUACUUGUGUACAAUUAAGCUCCAAUGAGAUGUUUGUUUUUAAUAUAAACGUUGACUUCAAUUACCAAUUGCUAAAAUAUCUUUGAAGCCUAUACCUUGUUGUAUGAUUGUCUCCAUAUCUAGUGAACAGUACAUCAAAUGUCAUUUUUUUCCUUCACUAGAUUACUGUCCUGAAGUAUUCAUUAAUUAGCAUUAGUAUCAGUCGGUAUUGUGGUUUUAUUUUUAUAUAUCUUUGCACGUCAGUAACUUUUUGUUGAUUGAGUUGGGAUGGGGGGAUUUUAAAUUUGGGUGGUAGAUUUCUACCAAGUUAAAGUACUACAAUAACUUGCAGUUGACUCUCAGCAGCACCACAAUCAAAUUAAAAUAUCCCAAGCAGGCACUCAAAUAACAUUUUUGAGCCUCCAUCCUCCUCUUUCAGUGAAAACUUUCAGACAGCUUCAGUGCUCCCACUUGGAGUCUUGAAUUCUCAGAGCACUAUUCCUGACUUUAGUGUUAUGCAAAUAAAAUCUUUUACUGGCCUUGCCUUUUUUUUGUUGGAUUUCAUCCCAUAUUCUUGCCCCCCCUCCACCAACCCCCAACAUUAGCCCCUGCCUCCUGAGAAUGAUGAGUGCGAGGAUAUUAUUAUGAAAACUAGCAGCUCUGCAGUAGGCUAUCUAAGUGACCUGGACGUGUGCCUGAUAUCUGCUCAUAAAAGGCACAGGUGAAGAAUUUCAGCACUGGUUUCCAGCUGGCAAUCAGGAGUAGAAAGUCUUUUCCCGCUCCCCCACCAUCACCCCAAAUCCAAGGAUUUAAAGUAAUUUAUAGCAUCCUAUAGCAAACUUGUUUGAGACCUACUAAUUAUCAUAAACUAGGGAAUCAGAAUAGUACAAUGCUAAACAUUGAUAUUCCUGAAAGAGAGAAUGUGCUUUUGUUUUGUGUGUGUGUAUAUAGUUAAAUAUGUUUGUGUACAAAUAGGUAAACAAUGUGGGAUUGUUAUUGGGCUGUCAUUUUGGGAAAUAACAUCAGACAAAAUGCCUCCUACCUCUCGUACAGAAACAAACUAGCAAUUGUGUGAACUAACUUCUCUGCACUUCUCAACUGAUUCAUUGUUCACCUCCAUCUGAGAAACGUAAGUGAGCAAAAGGUUUGCCUGUAACAUGUUUCAUAACAUUCCUCAUUCCAUACAAUGUGAAGCUGGAAGCAAUUGUAAAUUUUUGUGAUGCAGCACUUAGUCAGAUCUGGAUCAUUCUGCCCAAGUGACAAUACCCUGAAUUUACUAUCUUGGUCAUAUUAUCUGUGGGAGAAGUGCUAAGUAGAGACCAAGAACUUUCCAUCAGGGAGAGAGAGAAGUAUCAGUGUGAUUCAAGUUUGCUCCCUAUCUUGCAUUUCUCAGUAGCUGAAACAAGAAUAAAGCAUAUUAGCGAAAAUUUAAAGGACUCAAUAUUGAGUGUAAAUACUUGAAAAGGAAAGUUACACAUUUCAACAUUCUGCCAAUGGAUUAUGACUAAUCUGUAUGAAAUAAAAAUAUAUUGAUUCUUUUUUAAAUGAACUUCUGAAACUAAACCAUAUCUAUUUUUAAAGGAAUAAUGAUGAGUCUGGCUGUACUGUGUCUUCGCACUUGCAAGUCAGAUGUGUGCAUCCUGGCCAGGCAAGCAAAUUUGAGCAAGGAUUGAAGUCAGCAAUGGCUCAUAUUUUGUUUUCAAGUACACAAGAUUGUGCCAUCAAUGGUGCAAGGCUGUUGGAAUAAUUUGUUGCUGAUGUAAGCCGCUGUUUUAAACACCUUGAUGGACAUUGAAAGGGAUUCUAUUCCUUGAAAGACUUCUAAAUGGAAUCAAAAAUGAACCAGUGCAAUCCAAGCUCAGCAUUUUACUGUUUUUAUUAGUCACACAAUGCAAAUAAAAUGGCAGCUCAAACUGUAAAUGAGCCUUUUUUAAAGUUA